UCGGGAACCCGGCGGGCCGCGCGGCCGGAUGAGGGGCGCGAUGGAGCCGGAGCCGGAGGUGCUGCUGCAAGAAGCCCGCGAGAACGUGGAGGCGGCACAGAGCUACCGGCGGGAGCUGGGCCAGCGGCUACAGGGGCUGCGGGAGGCGCAGAGGCAGAUAAAGGAGAGUGCUUCACAGACAAGAGAUGUCCUCAAACAACAUUUCAGUGACUUAAAAGGAACCCUUGGAAAGCUGUUGGAUGAGCGAUUGGUGACUCUUUUGCAAGAGGUGGACACCAUUGAACAGGAGACCAUCAAACCGUUAGAUGACUGCCAGAAGCUCAUAGAGCACGGAGUUAACACUGCAGAUGACCUGGUCCGAGAAGGUGAGAUCGCCAUUCUUGGUGGUAUAGAAGAACAGAAUGAUAAAUUGUGGAACUUUACCAAAAAGGCCGCACACAUUCAGUUGGACAGCUUACCAGAAGUGCCUUUGCUAGUUGAUGUGCCCUGUUUGUCAGCUCAGCUGGAUGAUUCCAUUCUCAACAUAGUGAAAGACCACAUUUUUAAGCAUGGAACAGUAGCUUCCCGCCCACCAGUGCAGAUUGAAGAAUUAAUAGAGAAACCUGGAGGCAUCAUAGUGCGAUGGUGUAAGGUGGAUGAUGACUUUACAGCCCAAGAUUACAGGCUCCAGUUCCGUAAAUGCACUGCAAAUCAUUUUGAAGACGUGUAUGUAGGUUCUGAAACUGAAUUCAUAGUGUUGCACAUAGACCCCAAUGUUGAUUAUCAGUUCAGAGUCUGCGCCCGAGGAGACGGCCGGCAGGAGUGGAGUCCUUGGAGUGUCCCCCAGACAGGCCACUCCACUCUGGUGCCUCAUGAGUGGACAACUGGCUUUGAAGGGUACAGUCUGAGUAGUCGGAGGAACAUAGCACUGCGAAAUGACGCUGAGUCCUCGGGCGUUCUCUACUCCAGCGCUCCAACCUACUUCUGUGGACAGACACUGACCUUCAGAGUUGAGACUGUGGGACAGCCCGACAGAAGAGACAGCAUAGGAGUGUGUGCGGAGAAGCAGAACGGCUACGACUCUCUGCAGCGGGAUCAAGCUGUGUGCAUCAGCACAAAUGGUGCAGUUUUUGUCAAUGGAAAAGAAAUGACUAAUCAGUUGCCUGCAGUUACCUCUGGAUCCACUGUCACAUUUGACAUUGAAGCUGUGACUCUGAACGUGUGCCACACGUACUUUCGCCCUGUACACACAGCAGAGCUGUUGAAAGUCAUGGUUUUCAGUGAAGACAGCAGUCAAAUACAGAAGAAAGUCAGCAACAUUGAGGGUCAUGUCAGAGAAGCCCUCCCAUAUUAG